AAAUAUCCAGUCUAAUUUUUGCAUAUAAAAGCGCGCUGUGUGGACGAACAAAUCAUAGUUUCAUUGAUUACUACAACCAACAAAACUAAAACAUUCAACAUGAAGUUCCUGAUCGCUUUCGCUACCCUCGCUCUCUUCGCUGUCAUCAAUGCCAAUCCCUACGGCCAGUCCCGUGGUGGAUACGGCGGCGGCUAUGGCGGUGAGAUCGCCUACGUCCAGGAGGGUUCCUACGGUCGCGGUGGCGGUUAUGGCGGCGGCUAUGGCGGUCACAGCCAGCCCCUGUACUCGAAGAACUCGGGUGCUCGUGCUGCUGCCGCCGCUGCUGCUAACAAUGGCGCUGUCCGUCCCGGCCGUUACGAUCAGGUUGCUGUCCUCGGUCUGGAGAUCGAUGGUGGCUACAACGCACCCAGCUAUGGCAGCUAUGGUGGACGUGGUGGCUACGGACGUGGCGGCUACUAAUGCGUGUCUAUUGAGCAACGAUUUGUUCAAUGGAGCAGCAUCUCAAUGAAGAAGCUGCAGUUAUGCUGUGACAAAAUAAAAA